AUGUCCCAAUAUACGAAUUUAAAUAUCCCAAUGUACGAAUUUGGUGUCAAAAGGGAUACUGUUGUGAAUCAACAUAAUUAUCCAAUGACACCUUCACCUAUCACUACAAUCGCAAAAUAUCAUAAAUUUAAUAGUGAUAUGAUUCAAUUUAUUGAGUUUUGUGUAAAAAGUGAAAUAUCAGGUGCACAACCUAUUGGUCAAUUACUAAAAAGCAAAUUUCUAGAAAUAA